AUGAUAUUGAACUCAACGCUGCUGGUGCUGGCAGUGUGCGGGCGCCGGCUGUGGCCGCAGGGGCGCAUCGUCGGCGGAACCAAGUCCAGCUUCGGGCAAUGGCCGUGGCAGAUCUCGCUGCGCCAGUACAGGACGUCGACGUAUCUGCACAAAUGCGGUGCGGCGCUUCUUAACGAGAAUUGGGCGAUCACCGCAGCUCAUUGCGUCGAGCACGUACCCCCCUCGGAGCUGCUAGUUCGACUCGGCGAACACGAUUUGGCGACUGAAGACGAGCCAUACGGCUUCGCUGAGCGCCGGGUGCAAAUUGUCGCAAGCCAUCCUCACUUCGACCGGAACACGUUCGAAUACGACUUGGCGCUGCUUAGGUUCUAUGAGCCCGUGACGUUCCAACCGAACAUACUGCCCGUAUGCGUGCCUGACAAUGACGACGAUUACGUGGGCAAGACGGCCUACGUCACCGGCUGGGGCAGACUUUACGACGAGGGCCCGUUGCCGACGGUGCUCCAGGAGGUCCAAGUGCCCGUGAUCAAUAACACCGCCUGCGAAGCCAUGUACCAAGCUGCCGGGUACACGGAACACAUCCCCAACAUCUUCAUCUGCGCCGGCUGGAGGUCAGGUGGAGCCGACAGCUGCGAAGGGGACAGCGGCGGGCCGAUGGUGGUCCAGAGGGGGCGCGACGGCCGCUUCGUGCUGGGCGGCAUCAUCUCGUGGGGCAUCGGCUGUGCGGAGCCCAACCAGCCGGGCGUCUACACGCGCAUCUCCGCCUUCCGCGACUGGAUCAACCAGAUCCUGCAGUUC